AGUGGCAACAGAAACAGGGCCAAAGACCAGAAUUUAUUAGAGACCUGCAGAAUUCUGUCAGUUUGCCAUGAUUUUCAUCUUCUUCAUCCCUCUGCUUCAUGCAGCUCAGCUCCAGGGUCACCAGGACUUCAAAGACUUCCAGGACCCCAAGGACCAGUGUCCAAGUAGCUCCUGUAACCCACAACUUGGGGACCUGAUGGUGGGCAGAGCUGCUCAGCUCUCAGCCUCAUCCACCUGUGGCCUGCAGGGGCCUCAGAACUAUUGCACUGGAUAUCUUGAGGAGGAACAAAAAUGUUUCACAUGCAGUUCACAGAUGCCAUUUAAUCGCCACAAGAAUCUGAACAGCCACCGCAUCGAGAAUGUCAUCACAACCUUUGACCCUGACAGACAACUACAGUGGUGGCAGUCUGAAAAUGGCAUUGACCAGGUCAGCAUUCAGCUGGAUCUAGAGGCUGUGUUCCAGUUCAGUCACCUUGUCCUCACCUUCAAGAGUUUCCGACCAGCGGCCAUGUUGGUGGAGCGAUCGAAGGAUUUUGGACGAACGUGGAAAGUUUUUCGUUACUUUUCAGAUGAGUGUUCGCUUCAUUUCCCGUGGGUGUCUGAUAAACCGGCCUCCAGUAUCAAUGACGUUGUCUGUGAUAGGAGAUACUCGGGACCAGAACCGUCCACCAAUGGACAGGUGGUGCUGAAAGCACUGGAUCCCGUCUUUGAUAUCCAGAACCCCUACACACCAAACAUCCAAGAUCUGAUCACGUUGACUAAUCUUCGUGUGAACUUUACUCACCUCUUUACACUUGGUGACACUUUGCUGAGUUGGCGUCGCAGGAACCCUCAGGGCAAAUAUUACUAUGCUCUCUAUAACAUGAUGGUCCAAGGAAGCUGCUUCUGUAAUGGACACGCCAUGCGGUGCCUGCCUGUAAGCAGGGGCCAGAGUGAGGCCUCCAACCAGACUGGAAUGGUCCAUGGUCGCUGUGUGUGCCAGCACAACACUGCUGGAGACAACUGUGAGGUCUGUCAGAGGUUCUACCAUGACUCCCCCUGGAGGCCUGGAGGACAAGAUGCAGCCAAUAGUUGCAGGAAGUGUAACUGUCAUGGUCAUUCCGACUCAUGCCACUUUGAUGCGGCUCAGUUUGAAGCUACAGGGGGUGUGAGCGGUGGUGUUUGCGACAACUGCCAGCACAACCGGACUGGGCCACAGUGUGACCAGUGUGGAGCAUUACUGUAUCAGGACCCAGAGCGGGAGCUAGAUGACCCCCACGCCUGCAUACCCUGUGACUGUGACCCGGCUGGUUCUAAGGGUUGGGGCCAUUGUGAUGUCCUGACUGGUCAAUGUGUCUGUAAACAAAAUGCAGCGGGUCGGCGCUGUGAUCACUGCAAACAAGGUUUCUUCAGGUUGAGUCAGGACAACCCGGCUGGUUGUCAAGCAUGUCAGUGUCAUGUUUUGGGAAGCAUUGGAUCAUGUGAUGAGCUGACAGGAAGCUGUGAAUGUGACCGUUUUACAACUGGACUGCUGUGCGAUCAGUGUCAGGCAAGUUUCUGGGGUCUGGGGAACUCCGUGUACAGAUGUUCACCCUGUGGCUGUGAUAUGGGAGGAGCGUACAGCAGCACGUGUUCUCAAGAGGAUGGUCAGUGUCACUGCUUACCAAACAUGGUUGGCCCGCACUGUGCUGAACCUGCUCCCGGGUACUUCCUGCCAUUACUGGACUACUUCCUGUAUGAGGCAGAACUUGCAGCAACACUCACCCAGCAAAGUGGUUCUACUCUUUCACCUUUGGUGAACACAGUGGUUUUACCACAGUGUGAACAGUACUUCAGGGAUCAGGGUUUUGACUUUAAGUUCAGGAAUGGACAAGUUAUUCUGGUUCGGAGGAUUCAAUCACUCCGUCGUCUGCGAAGACAAAGACUGGUGAGGUUUAUAUUUUGGGGUGUUCCGGUCUGGAUCUGUUGCUUGUUGAGUUUCUUUAGUUUUUUGGUUUUGCAGAAGACUAGCAUUAGCCUUGGGUCAGGUCAUGCCGUGCAGUUUGUUCCUCGUCAGAGAACCUCUAGUCACUUAAUUAUGUGGACUGGCCUGGGAUUGGUGAGAGUAUUAGAGGGCGCUGGGCUCAGGUUUACUGUGGACAACCUUCCGUUAUCCCUGGAGUUCCAGCUGGUGAUUCACUAUGAGACAGAGCAUUCAUCUGAUUGGUCAGCUUCUGUCAGCAUCAUUAUGCUGUCACCUGGUGAUGGCAGGUGCAGCACUGAUCCCAUGGGAAUUAAGAAUGUGACACUUCCUAAAGAUUCCAGAGUAACUAUUCUGGAUUCUGCCGUGUGUCUGAACGCUGGAGGCCGCUACUUUGUGGACGUCAUCUUUACCAAAGAGUCCGGAGCUGGUGGAUUACACAUCCUUAUCGACUCUAUGGGCCUAAUUCCCAGCACUGGCUCAGUCCAGGAUUUCUGCUCCCAGAGAGAUGUUGACUCUUUCCACCAUUUUCACUGUGUUGGACUGGCCAUGGAGCAAAACCCACAACAUUCACCAGUAGACAUCUGUGAAGGACUCAUCAAGAUGCUGUCCGCGCGGAUCCACAACGGAGCCCUUAGUUGCAGGUGUAAUCUCGUCGGCUCACUCAGCCAGUCUUGCAGUAAACUGGGAGGCUUCUGUGAAUGUAAACUCAAUGUGAUUGGUCGCUGUUGUGAUACCUGCGCACCACUGACAUUUGGCUUUGGACCUGACGGCUGCAAAUCCUGUGAGUGUGACCCUCGAGGUUCGUUAUCUGAGCUAUGUGAUCAGGUCGGAGGUCAGUGUGUGUGUCAUCCGAAUGCGGCUGGUCGCCAGUGUGAUCACUGUCAGAAUGGAUUCUGGGGGUUUCCUAUUUGUCAACCCUGUGAGUGUAAUGGACUGUCUGAGAUGUGUGACGAAGACACUGGAAAGUGCGUGAACUGCAGGAAUCACACCAGGGGGCCUCACUGCGACAGGUGUGUGGAUGGGUAUUAUAAUGACCCUGUUUCUGGGAUACCCUGUCAACCCUGCCUAUGUCCAGAUGUUAAGAACACUGGACGAUUCUUCGCCACUUCCUGCCAUCAUGACCCACAAUCCCUCAGUCUGACUUGCAUCUGUAGGGAGGGGCAUACAGGUCCACACUGCGACAGGUGCAGGCCUGGAUUCUAUGGCAGCCUGAUGUCACCUGAUGCCUUCUGCAAACCGUGUCCCUGCAACAACAACAUAGACACAGAUGCCCAUGAUGCCUGUGAUUCCCUAACAGGCCAAUGUCUGCACUGCCUUUACAACACAAUGGGAAGACACUGCCAACACUGCAAACCUGGUUACUAUGGCAAUGCUCUGGAACAGGACUGCAGAGAAUGCUUGUGUGACCGACGGGGAACAGAAGUCAGUCAGUGUCCACUGAGGAGCCCCUGCUUCUGUGAUCCUACAUCAGGAGCAUGUCCCUGCAGAAGCGCUGUGGUGGGCUUCCUCUGUGACCAGUGUGAGGAUGGAUACUGGAACCUGAACGGAGCGUUGGGAUGUCAGUCCUGCAGCUGUCAUCCUGUUAACUCCUUGUCGAACAUCUGCAACAAGGUGACGGGACAAUGUCCAUGUCGUGCUGAGUUCAGAGGAGUACGGUGUGACGAAUGUGGAGAAAACUAUUUUGGGAAUUCAGACCUACAAUGUGUCUCUUGUGACUGCAACCGGGAAGGAAGUGAGCAUCCGUCAUGCGAUCCUGAAACUGGCGAGUGUAUCUGUCGAAUGGGAGUCACCGGUAUCUUCUGCGAUGAGUGCGCCCCUGGCCACAUGCCGUUGUUUCCAGGCUGUGAGCAGUGCCAUAUGUGCACCACCCUCUGGUCGCAACAUGUCACCGAUGUUCAGCAAGCGGCCCAGAAAAUGAAAAGCUUUAUUUCCUACCAGAGCAUGGACCUCCCAUUGGGAGACUUUCAUCAACAAAUACUGACUAUGUACUCCAAGCUAGAGGGUCUCAGCAACUUGACAGAACUCUCGCUGCCAAAGGUGGAGAAGGUGGAGAAAGUAUGUUUGAGAGUCAGAAGGCUGAAAGACACCAUUGACACCAACAUAAUGCUGAUGGAUCUAUCUCCUCUCCUCACCACUGAAAUCAACAACAUUCAUCUGGGUUUUAGGAAACUAUUUAACAACUUGAAAGAGAAGCUGACGAUGGACCAGGUCAAUGACAAAAGGAAGGAAGAGCUCCUGAUUCAUAUUCAGAACCUUCACGCUAGUUUCCUGACCGAUGAUGGGAGACUAAGAAAUGCAACCACAGUUAUGGAACACUCCAUAGACACAAGACAGGAAGUCAAAAGCAAACUGAGCAUGUGCAGCAGAGGUACUUUGACUUCCCUUAUGAAGAAUACCAAUGAGCUCACUGUGGUUAACCUCAGCAAACAGAUCUGUGGGGGACCGGUUCUGGAGCACUGUUCAGGAUUUGGUGGAGCUCUGUGUAAACUCAAACUGGAGAAAAGACAGGGUGGUCUAAACUGUAAUGGAGUCCUUCAUGUUAGUCAGAAAGCAUCAGAAACAGCUGACAAAGCCAAGAAUCAUCUCACUUUGCUCCCAUACAGACUUGAGGAGUCCAGGAACCAGAUCAGCAAAACCAGACAUUUGGCUCAGAACAGCAAAGACCAGGCCAAAGAACUGCAGGACAGGAUCAAUAACAACACAGACUUGUUCAAAAGAGAGAAGAAUAGAACCUGGAAGCUAACCCAACAAGCAAAAGCCUACCUGAUGGAUGAGAUGGUUCCUGCAGAAGACAUCCAGAAUAUGAUCCAAGCUGUUCUAACCAUUCAGCUGCCUCAGUCACCGGAUCACAUUCAGACAGUGUUUGGUAACAUCUAUAAUGUGCCAUCAAAUACUACAAACUUCCAAGAUGACCUGACAAAUCUGGAGGCACACAGUGAAAAUGCCCUGGACCUGCUGCAGAAAGCUCACGAGCUCAAGAAAUGGACAAUAAAUGCUGAGAUGACAAAGGUAGGCAGAGACAUUAAAGAAUCAAAGGAAGAACUGGCUAAAGCUCUCAUUGAUCUAAAGCCAGUAAGCCGCGAUAGAGAGACCAAUAGAAACCAAGUCCACAAGAUUAAAGACAUGUUAGACAAAAUGGAUACAAAGUUGAUGAUGAAUCAACCUGAAGAUCUGCAGAAGCACACCGAAGUUCUGAUGAAGAAAACAGAACAAAACAGAGAAACUGCAAGAUAUGCUAAAAAAAACUCAGAGUCAGCUCUAGCCACAGCUACUGACACUGAUGCUCUCCUGGAAGAUGUAAUGAAGCAGUUUCAGGUUCUGAAACAGAAAAGUUGGAACCAAACAUUUCAGACUGACACUGUAGAACGACUGAAGAACAUUGUGAAUGAGGUGGAGAACAUGACAAAGCAGGUGGAUGAUAACCUCAGGCAGAUACUGGGCCUGGAGCAGAGGAUCCUUCAGCUCAUCAUGAUAAAACAACAUAAAUCGGCUGAAGUUUUUUCUUUGUUGGGCAUCGCUGAUUCACUUCAUCAAGAAAUCUCCAGACGAGCUAAAGUGUACGCCAACUGUGCUUCAUAGACACUGGGGACUCCAAAGGCGACACAGCUGUAUGCAAAUAUGAUAUGCUGAUAUGUAUGUUGGGUUUUGUUUUUAAAUUUCAAAAAUUAAAGUGCUUGAUAUAAAAUAUCACAGGAAAAACUGAA